CUUCCGCUUUCCUCCUCUGCUCCUAAUGAAUUGAGAUCUCCGAGAGACAGCCGCUAAGGCUCCGGUGGUUUUUACAAAAACUGUCCUUGCCCUUCCUGCAUUUGCCCAGCCAAGGGUAUCUUGGCCCCGCCGAAAGUCCCGAUGCGAUUGCAUAGCAACACAGAGCGGCUCUGAGAGGGGAGGAGGAGGAGGAGAGAGAAGAGGGCAGGAAGGUGGGAGAGACAGAGGGAGAGUGUGCACACGGCGGCUGUCGGCAGCCCUGUCUCAGGGACUUCUUUGCUGAUUCACAGAGGCAGCCGGCGCCCCAUUGCAGCCUGCUCCUCAGACCUGACGGAAAUCAGAAGGUGCUUAUGGUCAACAGUCGGUGCACUGCCCAUUCUCACCCUCCAUGAGCCUUGGUUCUGAUGCAACCUAUGGUCAUGCAGGGAUGCCCUUACACCCUCCCACGAUGUCAUGAAUGGCGGGCAGCUGACCAGUUCCAUCACAGCAGCAGCCUCCGAAGCACUUGCCCCCAGCCUCAGGAUAUCUGUGUUUCUGUCCAGGUUAGAGCUGCUGCUACUGCCCCUGCGCCUCCUCAGGAUGGUGCUGGGGUUUCCUGCCUAAGCCCAAAGCUCUUCAACGGGUCAGUUGGUGCCGCUGGACCCCUAGAACCACCAGCCAUGAAUCUGUGUUGGAAUGAAAUCAAAAAGAAGUCUCACAACCUCCGCGCUCGCCUAGAAGCCUUCUCAGACCAUAGUGGAAAGCUUCAGCUCCCUCUGCAAGAGAUUAUUGACUGGCUCAGCCAAAAGGAUGAGGAACUGUCAGCUCAGCUGCCCUUGCAAGGGGAUGUGGCCCUGGUACAACAGGAGAAGGAGACACAUGCAGCCUUUAUGGAAGAUGUCAAGUCUCGGGGCCCCUAUAUCUACUCUGUGCUAGAGUCAGCUCAGGCCUUCCUGUCCCAGCACCCAUUUGAGGAAUUAGAGGAACCUCAUUCUGAGAGCAAAGAUACCUCUCCCAGACAGCGGAUCCAGAACCUUAGCCGCUUUGUGUGGAAGCAGGCAACAGUGGCCAGUGAACUAUGGGAGAAGCUGACAGCCCGCUGUGUGGACCAGCACCGCCACAUUGAGCACACUCUAGAGCAGCUGUUGGAGAUUCAAGGGGCAAUGGAGGAAUUAAGCAAUACUCUGACCCAGGCCGAGGGAGUCCGAGCCACAUGGGAGCCCAUUGGGGAUCUCUUCAUUGAUUCACUCCCUGAACACAUCCAGGCUCUUAAGCUAUUCAAAGAAGAAUUCUCCCCCAUGAAAGAUGGAGUGAAAUUGGUGAAUGACCUGGCUCACCAACUUGCCAUUUCUGAUGUACACUUGUCAAUGGAGAAUUCCCGGGCCCUGGAGCAGAUCAAUAUCCGGUGGAAACAGCUACAGGUGUCAAUUGGCGAGAGGCUUAAGCAGCUCCAGGAUGCCCACCGAGACUUCGGGCCUGGGUCACAGCACUUCCUCUCCUCCUCUGUGCAAGUUCCCUGGGAAAGAGCAAUUUCACCCAAUAAAGUUCCCUACUACAUCAACCACCAGGCUCAGACCACUUGCUGGGACCAUCCCAAGAUGACUGAGUUAUACCAAACACUGGCUGAUCUGAACAACAUUAAGUUCUCAGCUUACCGCACUGCCAUGAAGCUACGCCGGGUCCAGAAGGCACUGCGUUUGGACCUGGUAACUUUAACCACAGCCCUAGAGAUCUUCAAUGAGCAUGAUCUGCAGGCCAGUGAACAUGUGAUGGACGUGGUGGAGAUCAUUCACUGCCUGACUGCCUUAUAUGAACGGCUGGAGGAGGAAAGAGGCAUCUUGGUCAAUGUGCCACUCUGUGUGGACAUGAGCCUCAACUGGCUCCUCAAUGUUUUUGAUAGUGGUCGCAGUGGAAAGAUGCGGGCACUGUCUUUUAAGACCGGCAUUGCAUGCCUGUGUGGCACAGAAGUAAAAGAAAAAUUGCAGUACCUCUUCAGCCAAGUAGCCAACUCAGGCAGCCAGUGUGACCAGCGCCACCUCGGUGUCCUGCUUCAUGAGGCCAUUCAGGUGCCCCGGCAGCUGGGGGAAGUGGCGGCCUUUGGGGGCAGCAACGUGGAGCCCAGUGUCCGCAGUUGCUUCCGUUUUAGCACUGGGAAACCAGUCAUUGAAGCUUCACAGUUCCUAGAGUGGGUCAACUUGGAGCCCCAAUCCAUGGUAUGGCUGGCUGUUCUGCAUCGGGUCACCAUUGCUGAGCAAGUGAAGCAUCAGACCAAGUGCUCUAUCUGUAGACAGUGCCCCAUCAAGGGCUUCAGGUACCGGAGUCUGAAACAAUUUAACGUAGACAUCUGUCAGACCUGCUUCUUGACAGGCAGGGCCAGCAAAGGCAACAAGCUGCACUACCCCAUCAUGGAGUAUUACACCCCGACCACAUCCAGUGAGAACAUGAGGGACUUUGCCACAACCUUAAAGAACAAAUUCCGCUCCAAGCAUUAUUUCAGCAAACACCCUCAGCGAGGUUAUCUGCCUGUGCAAUCGGUGCUGGAGGCUGACUACAGUGAGACGCUGGCCUCUUCCCCGAUGUUGCCACACGCUGACACACACUCCCGCAUUGAGCAUUUUGCCAGCAGGCUUGCCGAGAUGGAAAGUCAGAAUUGUUCCUUCUUUAAUGACAGCCUGUCCCCAGAUGACAGCAUAGAUGAGGACCAGUACCUGCUGCGGCACUGUAGCCCCAUUACAGACCGGGAGCCAACCUUUGGACAACAGGCUCCAUGUAGCAUGGCUACAGAAAACAAGGGGGAUCUAGAGAAGAUCCUGGCACACUUAGAAGAUGAGAACCGGAUUCUCCAGAGUGAGCUGAGACGCCUGAAGUGGCAGCAUGAGGAGGCUGUUGAGGCACCCACCCUGGCUGAGGGCUCUGCAGAGCUAACACAGGACCACCGCAAUGAGGAACUUCUGGCUGAGGCCCGGAUCCUUCGGCAGCACAAGAGCCGCCUCGAGACCCGCAUGCAGAUUCUGGAGGACCACAACAAGCAACUAGAGUCUCAGCUGCAGCGCUUAAGGGAGCUGCUCCUGCAGCCACCCACCGAAUCAGAUGGCAAUGGCUCUGCAAGCUCGUCCCUAGCUUCCUCUCCACAGCAGUCAGAGGGCAGUCACCCCCAAGAGAAGGGACAGACUACUCCAGAUACUGAGGCUGCAGAUGAUGUGGGGUCAAAGAGCCAAGAUGUCAGUCUGUGCCUGGAGGACAUUAUGGAGAAGCUCCGCCACGCCUUCCCCAGUGUGCGAAGUUCUGAUGUGACUGCCAACACCCUGCUGGCCUCUUGAUGGAGCCAGAUCCCCAUCCUAUAAUCCAUAGUCCUCUUCCGGUUCUGGUCAAAUUCUUCCUUCAGCCUUCACCCAACCUUUCCAGUCCCUAUGGGGCCCACAUUCCUCAGCCAGAGUUCUUUGGGCUCUGGGCAGCAGCAGGGAUCUGCUGGUAUGUGAAGUGGAUGCUUCAGGGCUGGAGGAGGGAGAGGCACGAUUCCUCCAAAUAUAGAAAUGUGCCCUUUAACCCUCAAGUUUGAGACAAGUCGCUGACAUAUGUUUCUGUUGUAGUCCAGGCAAAUGGCACUUGGCGGCCAUUCUGACGGGGAGCAGAGAAUCUACCUUGCAGAGCUAAGCAGUGCCCAUUACCCCUUUCCCUUCUCCAUGGAAUUAUGGAAAUAAGGAAGCCUACUGACCCCAGGGUUACAGCAUUAUGAAUCCACAGGAGUUAGCCCUAUUCUCUGGCCCAACUCAGGGAGGCAGAAAGGUAUCCCCAAGACACCCCCCAAAAAAAACGUGCCCCUGAAAAUGUUUGGGCAGCAUGUGUCCUAUGAUUUUAGUUUCAUGGUACCUCUCUAGCCAUCUUAAUGUUGUUUCCCCUUUGAAUAUCUUCCGUUCCUUCUGCCUCCGGCCCUGGCAGACCUUCCUCAAGGGGGGAGGGGGGGCCAAUUCAUUCUGAUUCCUACUUACACCUUACAUUUGGAAACAUUAAAGAAACACUUAUGGGCUUAGUUUUUUUUCCCCUGAUCAUCCUCCUUCCUGAAGGCCUCAGCAUUCCGAGACACCAGCUGAGUUGCUCUGGGGAUCCAGCUGAAGCCACCCUUAGCUCAGCCGGGUCUGCCCUCACAGCCCUGGGGUAGGGGCAGCAGCUUCCUCAGCAAGGGAAUCUUGCUCUACUUGGGGUGAGGAAGGGGACGCCACUCACCAGCCUAGAGGAGUGUGACUGCCCAAUACUCUUGCAGGCUGUGACCUUCUUUCUUUUGGGUGGAAUCAGAUGGGGCGGCUGAUUUUCCCCUGCUAAUCAUAAAGCAGAUGUGAGUGGCAACCCUAAAUAGUGGCACCUUCCUAGGAGCCACUGGCCACAAAUCAGGAAGCUGGCCACUUUCCACCCAGACAACAGGAAGGCCUUCCUUUGCAUAAAAUGGUUCUAACUCUGGAAGGUGAACCCAAUCCUCAAAGUAAACUAACUCUUCCUAGGCUACAUAUACCAUAAUCCCUUUAUCCAGAAACCGUUCAGAGCAGAUAGCAGGUGAUUGGGGUGGGGAGGGAGUUGGCUUGGGAAAUUGGGAACAGAGUCAGAGCCCACUGAGGCAGCAUUUUACAAGAGGAGCUUUAUAACCUAGAACCCUGCAAUUGAUUUAAUUUGCCUGUUUAUAUACAUAUAUAUCUAUCCCGCAUAUUACUGUACAUCAGUACUCCCCUGGCCUCACUCACACAUUAAAUUCUAAUACCUCUUAAAGUAUUAAUGUUCUGCCUUGCUCUUUGUUAGCCCCAUCCUCUGGUUGGACAGAUAGAGGCAUCCUGGCUGCUCCCCUAGGAUGUCUCUCCACUCAUGUUUGGGGUGAACUGUCCUCAAGACCAAAGCAAGAGAAGCCUGUGGCCACAGUGGAAUCGAACAGAAAGGGUCACUCUGGUCUCUUGACUCAUUCCAAAUCUUCUUCCCUGGAGACCUGGGCCUUGGAUGAAUUUUCCUGGUCUCCCCUAAAUAAAGGAUCAGGUGUCAAAAUAGAGCAAAGGCAAGCUUUACUCAUCCCAUGCAGACAAGAAGGAACAGAUAGGCUUUUAUUGGCCUUUGCCAGGCUAAGACACAGAGAAUACCCCCGGCCUCUUCCAGUUCCUAGGUCUGGCUCAGGGACUUAAGGAAAGCAGUGGUUGCCACCAAGAUCAGGAGAGUGUGAGAUAGUGGGGGUGCUCUGUUAUAAUCAAGUAGCCAGCCAUGGGUAGAACUGCUGGGAAGCUAAGAUGUAUCUGCUGCAGGGGAAGGAGGGCAGCAGCUUGGGUUCAGAAGCCUAGGACUAGUCCCUUCUAGAAUGGCCAGGGAGCACUAAGUCCUAGGUCCAGGCUAUCAGACCUAACCACAACAUCUGCCUUAGUGCUCAUGAGGUCUCUGGAUGGGAGGACUGGGUAUCUGGGUGUAUGGUGAACAGGUAGUAGGCAGGCACCAAACCAGAGCCUGGGCCUCUGUCUAUGGUGGGGGUGGGGGGGAUAUUUGUAGGGGCCUGGUUGUGGGCAGGAAUGGGAUAGAAGGAAUUUGCUAUAUAGUUAGGGAGCUCAGGGUCUUUGAGGCAUAUCCUGCCUAAGCCAUAGAAGGGCAGAUGUUAUGAAACAGUCUUUUACUGGGGAAGUCCUUGAAAAUCCUUUCCAUAACCAUCCCUCCCCUUCCCCCUCCCCCCCCCCGCCCCCGCCCCCGCCAAGAGAUCUUGGGCUGCUGAGGGCCUGUGGCAACUGCGUGGGCUAGGUAUGGUAGAAAAGAUGUAGAUCUUGCUAUGUAGGAUUUUGUGCUGUAGGUGGACCGAAGCAGCAGGUUAAGAGUUGAAUUGUCACUAAUGGGGCCAUUGCCAUUUUGUGUGUGGUCCUGUGUGUACUUUAAUGCCCGAGAUGAGUAUAUCACUUGAGGGUCCAGUAACCGUCACAGCAGCAUGUGUGGGCAGUUUGCCCGCGGUGAGGUAAAUGGGUCCUUGGGCACUGGGAAUCUAAAUUAGGGUGAGAUUUACUGAGAUGUGUUGCAUGUUGUUAGGCAUCUGUCAUGUAUUGUGUUUCCUAUAGGUUUUUUUUGUGAUGCUGAUUAAUUUAUGGCCCUGUGCCAGAGGAGUGGCAAAGAGAGUUUCUGGGCAGGCAGCCUAAAGAAAACCUCCGACUUGUGAGAUUAGCAUCAGUGGAAAGGAAUGUGUUUGCUGAGGUGGUUGUCAAAUGGUAUCAGGGGACAGUUGGGAUUGAUAGGCGAUUUAUUCUGGACAGAAUCUGACACAGGCCCAAAAGCUGUUAUGAGGGUGCCUCUGCUCCAAGUGAGAGCAGAGUCAGGUUAUGUUGACUGGGAACUUGUCAGGAAAGGCUAACUGGCUAUAAAACAUCAAGCUCUGUGUUGUAUGGUUCCCUAAGGAGGGCCCUACCCAGGAGGACAUGUGCCCUUCCCUCCAGGAUGGCAAGGCUGAAAUCAAGGCUCUCAAGUGCCCAUUUCCUUCAAGUCCCCAGCUUUGGAAAUAUUUCCCUGUGGAGAAACCCGCUUGAGGCCCUUGUGCUCCGGGAACAGGGCCAGUAGGCCACAGUAAGGAGAAACCCUGAGGUCUGGCAGAGGCCAAAGCCAGGAGAUGCUUUCCCUCCAGGUUAAUUUUAAGGAAUAUCCGUGCUGCCUGAGGUGUGUAUUUGGGACCUGGGCUCCAUGUCCAGCUUCGUGCUUAGAACAUUCCUUGAGCACACAUUCUUAGUGGACGACUCAUGGCUUCUGACACUGUUUCAGGCCAAGAAUCUCAUUAAAGUUCCCCUGACAUAGGUGACAGCUAGCCAAGAAAGUAAGCUGCCUUAAAAUAAACAGUCCUGGGGCAGAGACUGAGGGCCCUGCCCUGGGGCUGUGGAGACUUAGCUGCCCAGCUGAGCAGCUCUAUCUCUAGACUUUCCUGCCAAAAUCUGGCCCUAGGAACAAAGGAAUACUUCAGCUCCUUACUUUCUUAGCACCACCGGCUGUGGGAGAGGGCAAGGCUCAAGGUCAGGGCUCAGCUCCCAGCCUCCAUCUCCUUCCACAGCUGCUGCAUUUGGGGUGACCUGCUGAAUGUCCUUGCUGCCCCAGGGCAGUACUGAGGCCAGAGUGGAGGCUCCUGUGCUGCUUGCUGGCUGCAAGAACUGGUCUCAGGAAUAGAAGUUGGGGAAGGGAUCCAGGGGAGGGGGAAGUGGCAAGGGUGGCACACAAGUCUA